CAGCGCCCGUGGCUCCCGCCUCGAGAGCACAGCACGCGCGCGCCUCGUCCAAGCCCCGCCUCCUGACGCGCCUCUGCCCGUGGCAGCCUCCCUCACCGGCCAAUCAGAGACCUUCCCUCGCGCCCACUCCGCGCGGGUAAUGGCCAAUGGGAGCCCGCACCUGAGGCGAGGGGUUCGAGGCGGUUAACGGUCGGCAGUUGGUUCUGGUCGGUCUCAGCGGCGGACGUGUUGUGGCGCAGUCGGAGCUCCUCACCCUAGCGAGGCACCAUGCGUGAGUGCAUAUCCAUCCACGUUGGUCAGGCCGGUGUUCAGAUUGGCAAUGCGUGUUGGGAAUUGUAUUGUCUUGAACAUGGGAUCCAGCCUGAUGGUCAAGUGCCUAGUGAUAAUACUAUGGGACGUGGAGAUGAUUCAUUUAACACUUUCUUCAGUGAGACGGGAGCUGGUAAACAUGUUCCGAGAGCAGUGUUUGUAGACCUAGAGCCAACCGUAGUUGAUGAAGUACGUACAGGCACGUAUAGGCAGUUAUUCCAUCCUGAGCAGCUCAUUACUGGGAAAGAGGAUGCAGCCAAUAAUUAUGCCAGAGGACAUUAUACCAUUGGAAAAGAAAUUGUUGAUCUAGUACUAGACCGCAUUCGCAAACUGGCUGACCUGUGCACAGGGCUGCAAGGCUUCCUUAUCUUUCAUAGUUUUGGAGGAGGCACUGGUUCAGGGUUUGCAUCACUGCUCAUGGAAAGGCUGUCUGUUGACUAUGGCAAGAAAUCUAAACUGGAGUUCGCGAUUUAUCCAGCACCACAAGUUUCCACUGCUGUAGUGGAACCCUACAAUUCAAUUCUAACUACCCACACAACAUUAGAGCAUUCAGACUGUGCCUUUAUGGUAGAUAAUGAAGCCAUUUAUGAUAUAUGUCGCCGUAAUCUGGAUAUUGGUCGUCCUACUUACACCAAUUUAAACCGAUUAAUUGGGCAAAUUGUUUCAUCCAUCACAGCCUCACUGCGUUUUGAUGGAGCCCUCAAUGUAGACCUGACAGAAUUUCAAACUAACCUGGUUCCAUACCCACGAAUCCAUUUCCCCUUGGUAACAUAUGCCCCUAUCAUCUCUGCUGAAAAAGCAUAUCAUGAGCAGUUAUCUGUGGCUGAAAUUACCCACGCUUGCUUUGAACCAGCCAACCAGAUGGUCAAAUGCGACCCUCGCCAUGGCAAGUACAUGGCCUGCUGCAUGUUGUACAGAGGUGAUGUUGUACCCAAAGAUGUCAAUGCAGCCAUUGCCACUAUCAAGACUAAACGUACCAUUCAGUUUGUGGAUUGGUGCCCAACUGGAUUCAAGGUGGGCAUUAACUACCAGCCUCCAACUGUGGUGCCAGGUGCUGAUCUUGCCAAGGUGCAGCGGGCUGUGUGCAUGUUGAGUAACACAACUGCUAUUGCAGAAGCAUGGGCUCGGCUCGACCACAAAUUCGAUCUCAUGUAUACUAAGCGUGCCUUUGUGCAUUGGUAUGUUGGGGAGGGAAUGGAGGAAGGUGAAUUUUCCGAAGCCCGGGAGGACCUGGCUGCCCUUGAGAAAGAUUACGAAGAAGUUGGCCUAGACUCAGUAGAAGCAGAGGCUGAAGAAGGAGAUGAAUAUUGAGAAAACUAAAGCCUGGAAAAAUCUGUUUACAAAAAAAAAAAACAACAAAAAAAACAAACCUGCAGAACC